GAACGCACUUACUCCACUACCGGGGAUAUCACUUACUAUGAUGUCGGUCUUGGUGCUUGUGGAUAUGAUGAUUCUGCGGAGAAUGACACGGGUUUGUUCGCUGCUAUGUCUGAAGAGUUCUGGAGCAGCAUCAGCACGCUCACCAAUGCCGGCUCUAGCCUGCCUAGCCACCCUCUUUGUAACAAGAAGGUCACACUCUCUGCCCCGGAUGGCACUGAAGUGGUUGUCACUGUGCGCGAGAAGUGCCCCGGCUGCGCCAUGGAGGCCAUAGAUGUCAGCAAAGCUGCAUUUAAGGCUCUUUUUGGUAACCUAGAUAUUGGCCGAACUAAGGUUAGCUGGAGUGUGAGCUGGUAA